AUGGUGAACACGAGUUGCGCGGUCUUCCAGUGCACCUCUUCGUCCCACAGACACAAGGGUCUGCGUUUCCACCAGUUCCCGCGGGACGAAAGAACCCCCAUAUGGGUGAAGGCGUGCAAACGUCCAGAUCUCCUCGGCAAGGACAUAGACCAGCUGAAAAACAUGCAUGUAUGUAGUUUGCACUUCGAGCAUCGGAUGUACGGAAAACUGCUGCUGAAAAAGUCCGCGGUGCCAACCCUGAAUUUGCCAGCCCUCGCCACCAGGACUGUCUCCACGCAGACCGACAACCCCGACGCCCAUAUGGCUCUGCAUAUCCUCACGAGCCAAGGUGUGCAGACAAACGAAUCCUUCUUUGAGAAACCUCCAGAUCUUGGGGUCUCUGUGGAACAGUUUUUGAAGGCUUGCGACGUUUAUCUGCCGAGCGCUUUGGUAGCGUUUGUUAAAGGUCACAUUUAUUUCGACCGAAGCCAGAAUUAA